AUGGUAGGAAGUUCCCAAACAAGCUUGCCUUUUCAUUGGACAAUGAUUUCAGCAGGUAUUGGAGGCAGCAUUGCUGAGCUUUUUACUCUCCCCUUCGAUACCGUCAAAGUCCGCCUUAUGGUGCAGAAGCAGGCAGGUGGUCCUGCAAAAUACUCAGGCAUGCUCAAUUGCGCGACAGUAAUGGCAAAAGAAGAAGGAGUUUCCUCACUUUGGAAAGGACUAACUCCUGGUAUUCAGCGUCAGCUUGUUUAUUGCUCUCUCCGUCUCGCCAUGUAUACAAGUUGGAGUGACUGGGUCACUGGAUCAACUAAAGACAAUCAUAAAGAUCCUUCAUUACUUCAGAAAAUCUACUUAGGCUUAUUAUCAGGUGGUGUGGCUAUCUCUAUUGCAAGCCCAACUGAUUUAGUAAAAAUUAGACUCCAAGGCGACAGAAAAAGUGCCACCCCAAGAUAUAAUGGCUCAAUGGAUGCUUAUGGAAAAAUAUUAAGAGAAGAAGGACUUCCGGCCUUUUGGACUGGCUGGGGGCCAAAUGUCAUUAGAAACUCUGUCAUCAAUGCUGCUGAGCUAGCGAGUUAUUUCCAAAUAAAACAAUUUGCAUUGGGCGCUGGGCUUAAGGACAAUACGACAACUCAUUUUAUCUGUGGAUUUUCAGCUGGAGCUUGUGCAGUGCUUGUAGGAAACCCUGUAGAUGUGGUCAAAACGAGAGUCAUGAAUGCAAAACAAGGGCAAUAUAAUGGAGUUUUGGACUGCGUAUUUAAGACAUUGAAAAAUGAAGGGUUCUUAGCGUUUUAUAAUGGAUUCUGGCCAAAUAUUAUGAGAAUUGGAACAUGGAAUAUGGUUAUGUUUGUGGCUUUUGAAAGAGUCAAAAGGAUUGUCGCUGAGAAAUUUGUGAACCAAGGUAAUCAUUAA